UUCCUCCCAGGGCGGGGCCGAAUCGCCGUGUGGCGGGUUCGAGUCCCGCCUCCUGACUCUCGGCUCUUGCCCAGAGUCCUGGGCGGGGCUCACUCGCCAAGUAACCUCUCCUCCGCGAGGGGCAGCGGCGCGGCUUCGGCUUCACCAUGGAGGACUACCUGCAGGGUUGUCGAGCUGCUCUGCAGGACUCCCGACCUCUACAUGUUGUACUGGGAAAUGAAGCCUGUGACCUGGACUCCAUGGUGUCUGCUCUCACUCUGGCUUUCUACCUGGCAAAGACAACGGAGGCCGAGGAGGUCUUUGUGCCAGUUUUAAAUAUAAAGCGUUCCGAGCUACCUCUACGAGGUGACAACGUCUUCUUUCUUCAGAAGGUUCACAUUCCAGAGUCCAUCUUGAUUUUCCGGGAUGAGAUUGACCUCCAUGCACUACACCAGGCUGGCCAGCUCACCCUUAUCCUCGUUGACCAUCAUGUCUUACCCAAGAGCGAUGCAGCCCUCCAGGAGACGGUAGCAGAGGUGCUAGACCAUCGGCCCAUCGAGCAGGAACACUGCCCUCCCUGCCAUGUUUCGGUUGAGCUGGUGGGGUCCUGCGCUACCCUGGUGACUGAGAGGAUCCUGCAGGGGGCACCAGAGAUCUUGGACAGGCAAACCGCAGCCCUUCUGCAUGGAACCAUCAUCCUGGACUGUGUCAACAUGGACCUUAAAAUUGGAAAAGCAACUCUAAAGGACAGGAGAUAUGUGGAAAAAUUGGAGGCUCUCUUCCCAGAUCUGCCCAACAGAAACGAUAUCUUCGAUUCCCUGCAGAAGGCAAAGUUUGAUGUAUCAGGGCUGACCACUGAGCAGAUGCUGAGGAAGGACCAGAAGACCAUCCACAGGCAAGGCACCAAGGUGGCCAUCAGCGCCAUAUACAUGGAUUUGGAGGCCUUUCUGCAGAGGUCUGGCCUCAUUGCAGAUCUUCGUGCUUUCUGCCAGGCCCACAGCUGCGAUGUCCUGGUCGCCAUGACUAUCUUGUUCAACACGAACAACGAGCCAGUGCGACAGUUGGCUGUUUUCUGUCCCCAUGUGGCGCUGCGAAUGACGAUCUGUGGAGUCCUGGAACGCUCCCACGCUCCCUCCCUGAAGUUAACUCCUCUCCCAAGCACCCAUCCUGACCUCCAAGCCUAUCUUCAAGGCAACACCCAGGUCUCCCGAAAGAAACUCCUGCCUCUGCUCCAGGAAGCCCUGUCAGCAUAUCUGGACUCCACGCAGAUCCCUGCAGGGCUGCCUGAGAUGGUGGGUGUGUCCACGGAGCCGGUGGACAAGGAAGGGAACAGUGCAGGUAACUCCCUGCUUCCUGGCGUGAGUCAGGACGAAGAGGAGCCUCCACUGCCGCCCACGCCCAUGAACAGUUUGGUGGAUGAGUGCCCUCUGGAUCGAGGACUGCCUAACCUCUCAGCUGAGGCCAUCUUUGAGAAAUGCAGCCAGAUCUCGCUGUCACGGUCGACCGCUGCCUCCCUGGCAAAGGAGUGACUCUUGGGAGGGGAGGGGAGAAUGGGCAAGGUCUCUUAACCCACUUCAAAUGCAUGUUUUGAGAUGUUCGGAGAUUUCGGCAGUUCUGUCCUCACUGCUCCAGGAUCGGGCAUACUGCUCUCAGAAAGCCGGGAGGAGGAAGAAGUGAAAGAAAGUAGCUGAUUUGAGAAUGGCUUCCUGCUUUCCCCGCAGUCCCUACCAAUCAGACAGAUGCGAUUAUUAGUUAGUAUUUAAUUUUAUUUAAAUCUGAACUGACUUUUCUGUAUCUCAUUUGCCAGGGGCACAAUGCAAUACACAUACAGUGCCAACAAAGUGGGGCAGAAAGAAGGCGUACCCCCAGUGUGCCCUCAGCGAGGACCUUGAACAGAACCAAUGUCAUGGAACCAUACAGUCAUUGAUUGUCUCCAUUUUAUUCACUCAUUCACGUGCUCAUUCACAUGUUUAUUGAGCACCUCCUGAAGCUAGCUAGAGAGCAGAAUGUGCUCCAGAGGCUCUCGCUCCAGUUUUCAGCCUUUAGCAGAUUGCCAAUUCUGUGACUCCUCUUUCUGCCCUCAGUUAGGUAAUGGUGGCUUUCCAUUCCUGACCUUGCUGUGACUGUCUUGUUUGGUAGCAGGUUGAGGCCAUUAUCUUCCGUCCUCAUCGGGUGGCCUGACCCCGGUUCUUUGGCUCACUCUGUCCCAGAGCCACAGCAACCUUGAAGACCUCUGGUUCUUGAGAGUCCAGCAGGCACCCAGGGGGUCCAUUGGACCUCAUAGGCACUCUUUCCAAAAGACAGCAGAACUGCAGUGGGAGCCGUGUCUCUGUCCCCUGCCUUGGCAGGUCUGUCACUUCCUUGCCCAUCUCUUUCUCUUCUCUUCUUGCUCAUAUUAAAAGAAAUCAUGGAGUCGCUGGAUUCUAACACCGACCACCAUGACUGUGUGACUUGUGGCAAGACACUCUGCGUCUCUGGAUCCCACUCUCCCCAUCUGUAAAAUUAAAGGUUUGGAUUAGAUAUUCUCUGGUAUUCUGUGACCUGCCUCUUGCUGCCAUCCUUUCUCUCUUCUGCCUGUCUGUAUUCUUCUUCUGUCUUCCCUGGGAAUGGCCAGGGUCGCUGGAGUGUCUGUAUUUCUGUGAUUGUACCAAGGGCCUUGGCCUCAUGUAGCAUGUGCAGGGUUAUGACUCACCAUGGCGACCCAGCAGAGAGCUCUCUCCCGUGACUUGUUCUGCAUGUAUAUAAAGUCUCCCUUCUUUCUUUAGACCAAGUCAUUCCUCCUCUUCUUAACCCACAGCUCUAUUCCAUGUAGGCUGCCAAUAACUUCAUGGAACAUUGGUGUAUGUGAUGGUUUUGGCAUGACGUCUUCCACUAGGGGGACUGUCUGAGUUCACUUGGAGGGGAUGAUGUCCGUAGCCAUUUGGAAGGUAAAAACAGUGAUGUAAUCACUGAACCAAAGGAAUUUACAUUUUGUAACUUGGGUACUUUAUUUUGCAUUUUGUUAAAGUAUUAAAUAUUCUUUUCCUGUUUGAGGUCUUAUUGUGUCUUUUUACAACUAUAA